GAACUGGAUCUGCUGAAGCCAAUAUACAAAGAAACGGCACGCAAUGGUCAUUUUGGAAAGAAGCAUUUUGCUUGGGAAAAAUCGAAGAAGCUGAAAAUCCCUGAGCAGCUACAAGAGAAAUUACAAAUCGCGAAAAUGUCAAAUGGUGACGUGAAACGUACCUCAAUCAACGGUGUUUAA